AUGCCCCAAGAGAUUGCUACCAGCGCCAUGCUCGUCGCACAGGCCACGCAAGGGACAGGCACACAAAGACAACACCAUGACGGAACAACCAAGCAAAGGUCGCAGACAGCGAUCCCGAUCUCGGACCCGCUCCAGGUCCAGACCCAGGGCGGCAUCACAACAACAAAGCAGCAACAGAUCCAGAUCCGAGAGCAGAACCAGGUCCAAGAGCAGUACUGGGUCCCGCCCUGCUGGAGGAAGAUGGCUGUGCAUCUGACAUGUCUCACACGAUCGCACCUUGGUCUCGAUGUCAGCGUCCAAUCCAGGCCACCACAGUUUUUAAACACUGAUGAAUGUAUAUGGACGCACACAACCAGUAAGGCAGCACAGAUCCGCUGCAAGGUCGACAAAAAGCGGCUUAUGCAACAUCUUGUCAUUUUUUUCAACCGAUCCUUGUUGAUAAACGGUCAAAGGACAACCCAUCAGCUACAGGGACAGUUUGAUGGACAGCAUACAGAUCGCAUGACUGUCAGCCCCGCAGGUGGAGCACAACCCAUUUCUAUUGAAACCCUGAAAUAUAGGGAUGGCGACUCUUCCUGUGGUGUAAUUCUGGUUCAGUCGUUAGCUGGGGGUGGAACGACACAUUAUGACCUGAGAGUAAAAAAUUCUUUUAUCCAAGGCGGCCCUCGCCAAGCCUGCCAAACGAAGUUCUCUGAGUUCGCGCCUAACGGAACAGUUAUCUACAGUUCGGAUUGUCCGAAUCUCCUUAGGCCAGGCAAAUAAAUGUGCAACGUACGCUCUCGUUCGAUUAAGGUAACUCGUUCGACUACAAGGUAACUUAAAACAAAGAAUAAUGAACGUUUUUCGAGUUCGAAGCCAAUAAAACCAAACAGUUCGAGGCCA